AUGCCUCUUGUCCUUGUCUACCUACUGCUACUGGGCUUGUGUGGGACCACUGUCUCAGCAGGGCGGCCUUCACCCACACAGAAUUCUCAGGACCUGAAUUUUGACUUGCCAGCAGUGAACUAUGAGACCAGUAGCUCCCAUAGUUCAGGGUCCAUUGGGGUGCUCUUUCGAAUGGUGCAUGCUUUUCUCCAUGUGGUCCAGCCCCACGCUUUUCCUGAAGAUACUGUCAGAAAAGUUAUACAAAAGCAGUUUGACCUCUCCACGGAUUAUAAGGAGCCAGAAAAUGUGGUCUUGGCUCUGAAGGUGGUCUACUAUGAAAUUGGCUUCCUUGUCUGUGCCACCCUGGGACUUCUCUUUGUUAUUCUGAUGCCUCUGGUGGGGUGCUGCUUCUGCAUGUGCCGCUGCUGUAACAACUGUGGUGGAGAAAUGCAUCAGCGGCAGAAGAAAAACGGGCCCUUCCUGAAGAAGUGCCUCUCCAUCUCCCUCUUGGUGAUUUGUAUAUUGAUAAGCAUUGGCAUCAUCUGUGGUUUCCUGGCCAACCAUCAUCUCAGGACCCGCAUCAGAGGGGCUCGCCGACUAUCAGACAGCAAUUUGAAAGACUUACAGACAUUCCUGAAUGAAACUCCAGUGCAAAUCAACUAUGUCUUGAACGAGUACAAUACCGCUAAGGAUAGAGUCAUCUUGGAUCUGAACAAUAUUAAACCUUUGCUAGGAGGCAAAAUUCAUACCCGUCUAAGCUCUAAAGUGACCCCUGUUUUUGGUGACAUCAAGACCGUGGCACAAGUCAUCAAAAACACCAAAGAGGCCCUGGAGAACAUGAACAACACAUUGAAGGAACUGAAAAAAGGAGCUGCAAAUCUGAAUGCAAGUUUGAGCAACAUCAAGAGCGACCUGGAGAACUCGCUCAAUGACCCCAUGUGCUUCCAAGGUGAGGUGAACGAGACCUGCAACAACAUCAGAAACUCACUUGGCCAGUUAGACAGCAACACCAACCUGGAGCAGCUCCCGUCUGUGGAGGAUCAGCUCAACAGCGUUAACGAUGUGCUGAGAACAGAUUUGGCCGGCUUGGUUGAGCAGGGCAAUAAAUCCUUUAACGAUAUACCCGAGAUGGUGCAAAACCAAACCAAGAACAUCGUAUCAGAUGUCAGAAGGGUCUUGGAUUCCAUUGGUUCAAAUAUCUCAAAUGUUACCAAUCAGGUCCCUAUACAGGACACAUUAUCACAUUUCAUGGGUUAUAUUAAUGAAACGGAAAGUUACAUCCACCACUAUUUGCUCACAGUGGAAGACUAUGACUCUUACAGGUGGCUGGGCUGCUUGGUUGUCUGUUGCCUGCUGACCCUCAUUGUGACAUUUUACUUCCUGGGGUUACUGUGUGGCAUUUGUGGCUAUGACAAGCACGCCACUCCAACCACCAGGGGCUGCGUCUCCAACACCGGAGGCAUCUUCCUCAUGGCAGGAGUUGGAAUAAGCUUCCUUGUUUGCUGGCUCUUGAUGAUCAUCGUGAUUCUUACCUUUUUCCUUGGUGGGAAUGUUGAAAAAUUAGUCUGCGAACCUUAUCAGAACAGAAAGUUGUUCCAGAUUUUGGACACCCCAUACUUACUCAAUGAGGAAUGGCAGUAUUUUCUCUCUGGUUUAAUAUUUAGGAAUGCAUCUAUCAAUCUCACUUUUGAAAAUGUUUACAGUGAUUGCCAAGAUGAUAAAGGCAUUUAUACCUCCUUUAAGCUUGAGAACCGCUUCAAUAUCAGUGAGCAUCUCAACAGUCAAAAGUACACCCAAGACUUAAGCAAGGAAUUUGCGAACCUGAACAUCAAGCUUGAUAACAUAGUUCUGCUAGAUGAUGCAGGGAAACAAAACCUGCAGCAGUUCGGUGCCACGGGAAUCCACGAGCUAGACUAUGACGCUUACCUGGCGGAGGCCAAUAAAACCCUCACCAAAGUGAAUCUUGGAUCAUUUGCUGAUAAUUUAGAGAAAACAGCAAAGCGUUUGGUGAAAUUGAAAAAUAUCAUCUUCAAUCUGGACUCUGCUCAAAACUUCAUCAAAUACAACGUGUCUACUGUAAUUAUGGAAGAAAGCAAGAUCUAUGCGAAUACAAUAAUCGGAUACUUUGAACGUUAUGUGCAGUGGCUCAAAGACUCUAAUUUGUAUUGGUUUGGCAUAGGAAAAGCUACCGUGUUGUUACUUCCGGCUCUAAUCAUUGCUGUCAAACUGGCCAAGUACUAUCGUCAGAUGGAGUCGGAGGAUGUGUACGAGGAUGUUGAAACUGUACCCAUGAAAAAUAUGGAAUAUGGUAAUAAUGGUUAUCAUAAAGAUCACUUAUAUGGUAUUCACAAUCCUGUUAUGACAAGAGCCCUUGGCUUGCAUCUGCUGCAAGCCUGCACGUUCACGCUACCUUCUAGGAUUACACAGGUCCUGAAGCCUCAGAACCAGGUUCCCGCCAAGUUAUAA